UGGGCUGGAACUAUCGUAUUAUUGCGUGACGCUCCAAGGCCUAGCCCCCUUCAAUCCGAUUGGUGUUUGUGACCAAAAUGGUYUGGAAGAGAAAAAACGAGACAUCUGUCCUCCACGUGGGUGUGAAUCUACUUUUGCCAUUGGUUUAGAUCAACAGCGUCCUAAAGGACUUCUCUUGUGAUUGGGUAGAAUGUCUGCGGACUGUAGGCGUGUUUUUGGCGUGGUGGAAGUGAGCUACUUUGUGACAAUGCUCAGUGUCGAUUUUUCAUUGGAGCUGCGGUGGGCAUGGGUGCGCAGCAGAGAGCUUUACUGUAUUAAUCUAAUGAGGCUUUUGCAUUCUGUAGGUCUUGUAUUUGGCUUCAAGGCAGUUUUCAGUCCCAUGCAUUUAAAACAAUAAGGACAGAAAGGUAUAGCCUAUAUUGCGCAUUUUCUCUCAGAAAGGCAAUAGUUCUAAUUGAUGGCCCUUGGCAUAUUUCCUGUGAUACUAGUAUAGCUGCCUGGCAUUCAUCCACCUCUGUAGCAUUUAAAAAUCUGGAACAUUUUGGAGUGGAAGUUGGAACAUCUCUUGAGCAAGCCGCAUACACAAGAAAAGCGCAACAAAGUAUUUCUCUAUUAGACUCGUUCGGGGAAUAUUCUCAUUAUAUAAUCAGAAGAGGGGAAACUGGUUUAUUCAGACUCGGUAUACAGAAAGACACCAGGAGAGAGAUUCUAUUUCUUUCUUUUGAAUGCAAGCAGUUUCACUCUCUGAAAACAAGGGACACUGCUUAAAGGGUCUGCUCUUUCUCUCCAACCCCGCUCCACUCGCCUUGUCUCCCCCCUGACCACAAGCUAUCGAAUGGACCAACAUCCUAGCGCCCGGAGCUGCACCAGCCGCGGGGCUCCGUCUUGCGAGGCCGUCCCGAGUGAACCCUCCAUGAAUUUGUACAUCCAUUCCACAACCGGCACACGCUUCGAGCUCUCUCUUCCCCUGGAGGAGACUGUGGAAGGACUGAAGAGAAGGCUUUCUCAGAGACUCAAAGUACCAAAAGAAAGACUCACCCUUCUACAUAAAGAAACGCGUCUGAGUUCAGGAAAACUCCAGGACCUCGGGAUCUCUGAUGGGAGCAAGUUAACCCUUGUACCUACAGUUGAAGCAGGCUUAAUGUCUCAAGCAUCAAGACCAGAACAGUCAGUGAUGCAAGCUUUGGAGAGUUUAACAGAAACUCAGGUCAGUGACUUCCUGUCUGGCCGCUCUCCUCUGACCCUGGCGCUGCGAGUGGGUGAUCACAUGAUGUUCGUUCAGCUGCAGUUGGCAGCCCAGCAGUCUGGAGGGCAGCAGUUACAGCACAGGCACCUCAUUGCCCGUGGGGGUGCAGAGGGCACCAUGGGACAGUCCACAGGAGCACCGCUAACUGCAGUGCUAAGAGCCCCAGUAACGGCACCAGUGCUUCAGCACGCUCCUCUUCCUCCUCCUCCUCCUCCUCCGUGACCGUGUGCGUCAGACAGAGAACCGUGCGACACGCUGCAAGGUGGAGCGUCUACAGCUCCUGAUGCAGCAGAAGCGCCUGCGCCGGAAGGCAAGGCGGGACUCCAGAGCGCCCUACCACUGGCUGCCCAACCGCAAGGCGGGACGCAGCAACAGCAACAGCAGCAUGUCCAGCGAGGGAUCCAUGGACCUCGACUUCGAUGACUCGGUGUGGAAGCCCGACGUAAAGGCCGACAUGAAGACUGAGUUCGUCAUGGCGUAAUGACAAAGACAAGGAUACUGAUUGGCUGGAUAAUGAAGAGGCAGCAGAGAACCCGGGUUAAGGAAGUUGGGGAUGGUUUCAGAGGGGUGGAAAACAGGCUGGAGCCGAGUUUGGAGCAUGAAAAAAAGAGAGAGGGAAGAAACCUAGUCAUCCUCUUCUCUCGCUGGGACAACGAACUGUCACACCAAAAGGCUCCCUGUUGUCUUUCAUCUUGUCAUGUCCUCAACAGCCUCCUACCAUUAGAAAUAGACAACAAAAACAACAAAAGAUUUUUGACGUUUGGACUGGGAACGGAUAUGUAUGGACUUACAAGACUACGUUAUGCAUACGGACUGCAAAUAUGUACUUCCUAUGAGGAACAACUAAAACUGAGCAGAGCAGACUUGGAUGGUGGUGGUGUUUUGGUCUUUUUUUCUGUUUUAUUUUUCCAAGGAGAACUCUGGAGAGAGAUUCACACUGGACUUGUGAGCAGGAUUGUCAGUGGCUGGGGCCGUGGUGUAACUACACACAGGACAAACAGACAGACAGACAACCCCUGCCCCCAGAGCCAUCCCUGGARUACUCUAAUGGGCAUUCCAGGUCUCCACUUCACCGACCAGAGUCGACUUUUUACCUAUAGGGUUAUCUUUUUAUUUCCAUUUUGAAACGUAAUAUUAUUUUAUUUUUUCUAAACAAAUAUGUAGCAUUGUUCAAAAAGCAUUCAGGUUUUCAUAAACAGUUUAAAAAGUAGUCGUUGAUUUGCACAUUUUUCAUGAUUUUGGAACAGCAGGUCAGAGUGUGCAGGAAGUGGGAUAUGAGGAGCAAUGACUCAUUGGAAAUGGGGUUUUGACUAAAGUUUUGACUAUUACAUAAACAGCAACGUCAGUAACAUACAGUAGGGUAUUAAUAGGAAUUAAUUAAUGAAUAAACAAAAUAAAUAUUAAUGGAGUGCUUCAGAAGAUUUUAAAAUCAUGAUUAAAAAAUGUAUAUGGAAACAAAUCUAUUUUUAUUUCACUUUUUAUCUGCUGUUUUCAAAAAACAGUAGCCAAGUAUGGCUUGGGUCAAGCCAUUCAUUAAAUUGAUAGCUAACAAACAUAUUUAUUCAAUCAUUCAUCAGCUCAUUCACUCAUUAGGGUCAUAUAGCCACAAACAAAUAAUGGAUAAAAAUCCCAUUGAACCCAACUACAGGCCUAUUUCAAAUAUAGGUGGGGAUCUCACAUUUGUAUGAUAUUUAGCAGGGGUUUAUAAGCGUGUGCGUAUGGGUGUUUGUGUGUGACAGUUAAGAUGGCUGAUUCACCCCUUUCGUCACUCAAACAAGUACAGAGAAUACUCUCCGUUUCUCGCCAUUCAGAUGCUCUAGAUAUCUUUCCCAUGUAUUCCUUUUUGAACCAACAUCCCACUCUAAACCAAGGCAUUUGUUAGAAAAUGUUGAUUAUGUCAAGCUACUUUCUAAUAAUGGAAAAGAGAGGUGGAAGAAAGCUAAGAAAUCCCAAGCAGGGAACCUGUCUCCAGUUUCAUCAACCAGUGCCUCCACCAAUGGAUUCCCUCACAUAUCAGAUUAGGCCAUUUACAGACUUACUAAGAGAUUUGCUGCUACAUGGGACUUUGAUAGACGGGGGGAAAAGUGACUUUUCUUUGCAUGCAAAAKGUGUGAAUUAUCCUGACCUUUUUAUUGUUGGAAGAAAAAAAAUCUACAUGAAACUGGUGCUUUGGAGAAUUUGUGGAGAAAUAAUGCUUAGCUGCUUUUGUUGGUUAGGUUAUUAUUUCCAUAGAACAGCAGCUGCUCCAAGUAUUCUCAAAGCAAACCAAAACAGAUGAAGUAAGAAUGGACUCAUAUCUUGCUCACUCUGAACUGAACAUUCCCUGGACAGUGAUGAUCAUGAGCAAAGAGCAAUUGACUUUCCUCCCUAAACGCUGGUUCAACCAACACCGUUCUCCUCAACAUGGAGACAAGGACCCAGGCAGCAACCAGCCCUUAGUCCUCUCAGCCUAACUCAAUAACAUAGUGUUCAACAAGGUGCAUGUUUGGGACUAACUAACAGGGAAAACCAUUGGACCAGCGUACGCAUCGUCACAGAACCCAAACUUCUAUGUCAAACACAAUGUCUGACCCUACCCUACCUUGAUUGCACUCACAGAGUUUUCAGUGGGAAAUUACCUGUUUGGUAAACCUUGUCUUUUUGUCAGUGGCCUUACCUUUCACUAAACGAGACACGUGGGGACUGGGGGACACGGUGGGGAUGUUUGUUUGUUUCUUUACCUGUGUUUUGUGAAGACGCCAUUGUCACUGAGGAUUCGGGCAUCUCUUGUUUGUGCUUUUAGCAGGUGGAGUCUCUAUUAUGUCAAGGCUUCUGUGCCUUAAAACGUUGCCCUUGCAGUGUGGGUCAGAUAUAAGAUGAACAAAUUAUUUCCAUUGAUGAAUUCAUUAAUUCAUAUAAAAGGCUGUAACCACAUGGGAGCUGUAGUUUUUAGGGGUAAGCACGUUGAGUGAAUUAAUAUCGAUGUGUUUGUAAUCUGUGUUUGUUCCUCAAUCGGUCUUCCCAUUUUCUCUCCAUUGUGUUGCUAUGUUUGUCUGUCUUCUUUGUCCGAACACCCCACUCUGUCCUGCCCACCAACAUUGACAAAACAAAGUACCUGAGGUGGAAGUUUUGACUGCAGUGUGCUACUAUGGCAACAAAGUGCCCUGACUCUGACUGGACAGGUGUCUUCUGAGGACGUGAGACCACAUGACAUGCACUUCCUGUCUCCUUGGACAAGACAUUUCAAAGGACAAUUCACCCCCACCCCCUAAAUUUAAUUAGAUUUUUGAUAUAUGUAUGAACUAUACUCUGUGUGUGCCUCACUUAUGUGUGAAAAAAAAAACAAAACAUAAAAUGAUGACAUGGGAUGAGAUGAUGGGACAAAAGAGGGUGUGGGGAGGGCAUUUACAAAACAGUUUGUAGGUGGAGUUCUGAUCACAUCAUUUAAGUUGCCUGUUCUUUCUUGUAGCCAACCAUUGAAAAAUAAUAACAGGAGUCAAGAAUACAAUUUACAAUGUUCUAGCUAUAGACCGGUGUAGCACAUGUGUGGCUGUAUUAAUUUAUGAAACCAAAAUGGUAACUGUGAAUUCUGUAUUUCUUUGUGCAUUUUUUUAAGUGGGAGAAGGUGGUUGGGACGUAGAAACGACUAAUGCCUCUGUCCUAUUUUGUUUUUGGUGAAAUAUAACGGAAAUCAUGUUUCCCCUAAAAAACUAAAAAAUGUCUACAUAUAUUUUUUUCUUAAGCAAUACAUUUCAGUGUGACUUGUGAUAGAACAUUUUUCUUUUUUAGGUAAUAAAUAAAAAACAAAAUGAGUACG